AUGGCCUACAGCACAUCCAGGGCUAACCUGAGGAGGGGCAUCAAAAAGGCCAAGCACUGCUACAAGCUAAAGGUUGAGGAACACUUCUCAACCUGCACCUCCGACCCCCGACGCAUGUGGCAGGGCAUCCAGGUCAUCAGCAAUUACAAGCCCAGCAACUCCAUCCCGGUAACUACAGAUGUCUCCUUCCUGAACGAGCUAAAUGACUUUUAUGCUCGCUUUGACCGAGACAACAGGGAGACGGCUACCCAGACCAGACUCUCUGCAGACCACCAGCCCCUCUCACUCUCCUCCACAGACGUCUACACUGCACUGAGCCAGAUCAACGCACGCAAAGCUGCUGGUCCAGACGGCAUUCCCGGGCGAGCGCUGAGAGCAUGUGCGGAGCAGCUGACUGGAAUUUUUACAGACAUUUUCAACCUGUCCCUCACCCAGGCAACUGUACCUACAUGCUUCAAAUCCACCUCCAUCGUACCAGUGCCGAAACACUCCAGCCCGACGUGCCUGAAUGACUACCGCCCUGUAGCACUCACACCCAUUGUUAUGAAGUGCUUCGAGCGACUGGUCCUGGCACACCUGAAGAACUGUCUCCCACCCACACUGGACCCACAUCAGUUUGCAUACCGCAGCAAUAGGUGUACAGAGGACGCAGUCUCCAUGGCGCUGCACUCUGUGCUUACACAUCUGGACAAUAGCAACACAUACGCACGAAUGCUGUUUGUUGACUUCAGCUCAGCAUUUAACACCGUAAUCCCUUCCAAGUUAGUCACAAAACUUGGAGAUCUGGGUAUUAACACCUUCCUUUGCCACUGGAUUAUGGACUUUCUUACCGACAGACCUCAGCAUGUUAGGUCAGGACACACCUACUCCAUCACCAUCUCACUCAAUACAGGCGUACCACAGGGCUGUGUGCUGAGCCCAUUCCUCUACUCCCUUUUCACCCAUGACUGCAGGCCUGUGCAUGGAUCCAACUCCAUCAUUAAGUUUGCUGACGACACCACGGUGAUUGGACUCAUCAGUAACAACGAUGAGACAGCCUACAGGGAGGAGGUACAGCAUCUGGCCACAUGGUGUGAGGACAACAACCUGCUCUUCAACAACAACAAAACCAAAGAGCUCAUCGUGGACUUCAGGAGGGAAGGAGGAGGCAUGCACGACCCCAUCCACAUAGACGGAAUAGCUGUUGAACGUGUCUCCAGCUUCAAGUUUUUGGGGACCCACAUUUCGGAGGACCUGUCCUGGACCACCAACACCUCCAGCUUGGCCAAGAAGGCUCACCAGCGCCUCUUCUUCCUGAGGACACUCAGGAAACACCAUCUAUCCUCGGCCAUCCUGGUGAACUUUUACCACUGUGCAAUAGGAAGUAUCCUGACCAGCAGUAUCACAGUCUGGUAUGGAAACUGCACUGUUGCGAACCGCAAGGCUCUGCAACGAGUGGUGAAAACGGCCCAGCGCAUCACAGGGACUCCACUUCCAUCCAUUGAGGACGUCCAGAGGAAACGCUGUCUGCGUCGAGCUCGCAACAUUCUUAAGGACUCCUCCCACCCUGUUGUGGGCGAGUAUGGAAUUGCACAUUUCAGUGAUGGUAAAGACAGCGAGGGGGAGAAUUACUGCAUCUACUACAACUCUGCGUGGACACGGUUACCUAAACACCUCGACAAAGCUUCCCGGUGGGAGCUGUAUGACCUGACGCCGUCUGUACUUUGCUCGGACUCGGAGGUCCCGGAUGGCGGUUUUCCGGACCGUGUUCCCAUGGUGCUUCGUGGGAACUGCACCUUUUACCAGAAAAUCCGUUUGGCUCAGAGUAACGGUGCGAAGGGUCUCCUGGUUGUUACCGAUGACUGGCUGGUCCCGACAGUCAGAAAUGUCACACAGCUUGAAGAGAUCAGCAUUCCAGUCGCCGUAAUCAGCCACGCUGACGUGCUGGAAAAUAAAGAGUUUUUCGGAGAGCCGAGGCGGGUGGCGCUGUACGCCCCUGACACGCCGCUGGUAGAUUAUAACAUGCUGCUGGUGUUCCUGAUGGCGGUGGGUACAGUAGCGGGCGGAGGAUACUGGGCUGGAGUCAGAGAAAUAAACCAGCGGCUGAAGCCGUCGAGUCAGGAGAGUGAGGGGAAGGUGAACGUCACCUCCACCGUGAUUGGACUGUGGGUUCUGGCGUGCUGCGUCCUGUUGGUGCUUCUUUAUCAGUUCUACGAUUAUCUGGUGUAUGUGAUUAUUGGGUUGUUCUGCAUCACCUCCUGUGUGGGACUGUAUAACUGCCUCUGGCCUCUCGUCCGCCGAAUCCCCUGUGGAACGUGCAGGUUUCCGAAAACUAAAUUGCCGGAGGUGAGGAAGCUGCUGCUGGGUUUGUUCUGUGCCAGUGUGAGCGUCACUUGGGUGGUGUUCCGAAACGAGGACAGGUGGGCGUGGAUGCUGCAGGACACACUGGGCGUCGCCUUCUGCCUCUACAUGCUGAAAACCUUCCAGCUCCCCAGUUUCAAAGCGUGCGUGUUACUGCUGGGGGCGCUGUUAGUGUACGACAUCUUCUUCGUCUUCAUUACGCCGUUUUUCACAGAGAAUGGAGAGAGCAUCAUGGUCGAAGUAGGAGUAGGUCCAUCGAAUUCAUCCACAAACGAGAAGCUCCCAAUGGUCCUGAAAGUUCCUCACCUAAGCUUCUCCUCUCUGGUGCUGUGUGGCGAGCCGUUCCUGAUCCUGGGCUUCGGAGAUAUCCUCAUCCCAGGGCUGCUGGUGGUGUACUGCCACAGGUUCGACGUCCUGGUACAGUCAUCACACGUUUAUUACCUGGCGUCCACUCUGGGGUACUCUAUAGGGAUGGUCGUGACCUUUGUAGCUGUGUUACUGAUGAAUGCGGCUCAGCCGGCUCUGCUGUACCUGGUACCGUCCUCGCUGCUCUUCAGCCUGGUGGUGGCGCUGUGCCGCUCCGAAAUCAAGCUCUUCUGGACCGGCGUUGCCACGCUGCCCACUCCCAUUGCCAUGCAGCCGGUCCCUCAGACGCAGAGCGCGGCCGAGACGCCGACGGCCAAUCAGGAGCCGGAUCUCCCCGAGGGACCUGACGGGUGUGAAUGUCAGGCUGAAGAUCCUCCUCCAGACGGAGCAGCAGAGGAGGAACGUUCACCAUCUCCUCCUCCCGCUACAGACGAGGAGCGUCCACCUCCUCCUCCUCCCGCUACAGUGGAGACGCGCGCUGAACGGGACUGACGGGCGUGGCGUUUGUAAUUUUAGACGCGACCGACCGGGAUUAUGUAAACUAGGCUGCGUUCACACGGACGUUCUGGGCAUCGGCCGAACACGCGGCCACGCCCUGAUCUGAUUUUAACCAUAAUGAUACGUGGUCGGUUUACGAAAGGCACCGCCACAUGUGACCAUGCACCAGCCAAUCAGACGCCCAGAUUCAGUCACUCAGGGCUAUAAGAGAAAUGAAUGAGAAGCUAACCACGACCAUUAGCGCUCAUCUUCAAACGUGACGUGUCCCAAUGCACAUCAUUCUGUACUAAAUCAGCACGCAGCCAUUUUUAAUCUCACCAGUAUUGUGGAAGGAUAAACUCCGCCCACAAUCACACCAGCAACUCGCGUCCAUACGCCAGAACGCCCGUGUGAACGCGGCCUCGCGUUUGGUUUUAUAGCUUUUUUUAAGAUGUACCAUAUUAGCGACGCUCCGCUGGUCCCCUUCACGCUAAGCUGUGACGCGUGAACAGUAAAAAGAACAAAAGUAAAAGACGCUGACGCCGUUACCACGGUUACGAGACGUGUACUCGUGAUUUGAUUGGCUGGGUUACGCUGUAUGAAUUCAAAAUGUGUUUGUGUGGCACUGGACCCGCAGCAACCCUGACCGGUAUAAGUAUAAAGCAGAGCGCUACUCACAUGCUCUAACGGCUUUAUCCUGGUCAGGGUCGCAGUGGGUUCUGAGCCGCUUGGGCACAAUGCAAAAGUGCCAGUUCAUCCCAGAGUAACAGGACGUCGCUCCCACUAUGCCAGCUGUGCCAGCUGUUUCAGGUGCCGAUCUGAGGCGGUGGGCGGGGCCGAAACCGAUGUCAUAAUUAGCAGAAUAACGCAGUGGGUGUGAUGAGGGGCCACCAGGGGGCGCAAUAACAUAACUACAGGGUUCUGUACAUGUACUGAGGCUCUGAUAUGCAAUUCUACUGUAUUUACAUCAUUAUUUAUUUUAUUAUUGUUUAUUAUUAUUUAUAAUUUAUUUAUUAAUUUAUUAAUUAUUAUUUAUUUAUUUAUUAACUGAUGCUCGUUGAUUUCUGGCUUCUUUUCAUAAUAAAAUAUUUUAAUUUUUGUAU